AUGGCACUCAACAUAACAAACUCAACAAUGUCAACAAUGCGAGCAGUAGCCUGGUUCGGCCAACCCUACAACGUCUCCGUAAUCGACAUGCCCGUGCCCAUGAUCCUCAACCAAACAGACGUCGUCGUCCGCAUCACCUCCUCCGCCAUCUGCGGCUCCGACCUCCACAUGUACCACGGCUUCGGCCACGAGGCCGUCGGCUACGUCUCCAGCGUCGGCGACGCCGUCUCGAGUCUUACGGUUGGCGGCUACGUCAUCGUCCCAGACAACGCCAACGACGGGCACUGGGGCCCCUCGCACCCCCUGUCCUUUGGCGUUGGAAACUCAAAUUAUGGAGGGCUGCAAGGCUUCCAACCCGGCGACACAGUCGCCAUCUUCGGCGCCGGCCCCGUCGGUCUCCUAGCAGCCUACUCCGCUAAACUUCGCGGUGCCUCCAGGGUCUACAUCGUCGACCGUAUCGAUAGCCGCCUCGAGCAAGCCGAAUCCUUUGGUGCCAUCCCCAUCGAUUUCUCCCAGGAAGACCCCGUAGAAGCAAUACUAAACCGCGAGCCCGGAGGCGUGACGCGCAGCGUCGACUGCGUGGGUUUUGAAUCCGUCAACGCCACAGGAGAUCCCCACAACGGCAUCGUGCUGGAGAACAUGGUUGCGGUGACCGCUGUGUAUGGAGGGAUGGGCAUCGGCGGCGUCUACAAUGGUGGCUCAAACAGUACCGAAGGAGCGCCCAAUGCGGGGACCCUCCCGGCGGAAAUUCCCAUCCCCAUGGCCUCGCUGUGGAGGAAGGGACUGUCUGUCGGAACAGGUAUCCUUCUGCCUUUGCUGAGGGCUCCUCCCUUGCUGGACUUGAUUGCGUCUAGCGUCGCUAAGCCGAGCCUCGUGGUCACCGCGGAGAUCGGCAUUGAGGAUGCGCCAGAGUAAUACCGCCGCUACAGCGACCACUUGGAAAACAAAGUCGUCAUCCGGUUCCCUUAGAUAGAUAGCGUGUAGCGCGAGACGACUGAAGGGGCAGUGAUGAUAGAGAGUGGAAUUGCUCUGGCAGAUCAUGAUACUAAACGUAAGACCUCAAAAUAACCCUGCAACUAGUUGACACGAGAAGCCCAAGUUUCCAAUCAGUCGUAAAUAUACAACCUCUUCAUACAUAUUCCCAAUACAAACCAGAAAGUACAACAAUACAUAACAAGCAAAAAAGAAAGAGAAGGGGCCGCCAGACAUAGCGGGAAAGGAGUGGUGGGUAAAGAACGAAAGUGGACGAUU